UUAAUGUUUUACAAUUGCUACCAAGACCACGAUUUUUUCGAGACAGGUCUAAUCCACUGGCAGAUUAUGAUGAUGUAAAUUUUAAACUAAGAUUCAGAUUGUCAAAACUUAUGUUCAUGGAUCUACUUGACAUGAUAAGCAACAAUAUAACUCAAAAUACACUACGAAAUGUGUCACUGUCACCAAUACUACAGCUUCUAAUAGCCCUGAGAUAUUAUGCUACAGGUGCUUUUCAGGCAGUUUUAGGUGAUCAUAUACAUGUCCACAAAUCCACAGUUUACCGUGUCAUUAAAAAAGUUUCUGAAGCUAUUGCACUUCUAAAACCUAAAUAUAUAAAAAUGCCAAGAUCACAAACUGAAAUCAACUUAGCACAAGAUGAUUUCUUGUUAGCACGUAAUUUUCCAAAAGUUAUUGGUGCAAUUGAUUGCACGCACAUAAAAAUUCAGUCACCCAAUAGUGACAUCGGAGAGAAAUUCCGAAAUAGAAAAGGAUUCUUUUCUAUUAAUGUACAGGCAGUGUGUAGUAGCCAUAUGCAAUUUAUAAAUAUUGUAGCUAGAUGA